AUGAACGGUUUUAUAAAUGCUCCAUAUGCCAGAAAGCUUACAACCGCCGGCCCUAGUGAUAUUUUGACACGACACUAUGAUUUGCAUCACAAGGCUCGAGAGGAUGGCUUACCCCGAAAAGUUAAGGGUAAGAGACAACGACGAGCAGACAGGGCCUGUGAGUCCUGCGCCUCCUCGAAGCUGAAGUGUGACAACAAUCGACCUUGUACACGUUGCGAACAGGCUGCAAGACCCUGUGUUGAGCAACAACCCGAAACCGCCACCAUCCCCGUCCCAGACAUCAUCCCGGUUAAUGGUUCUGCGAUACACAUCCCACACAGCCGAGAUGAUGCACACCUCGAUACUUCUCAGCCGAUGGGAUUUGAUAAUGAAGCAGCCACGCCGACAGAAGUACUACCCUCGACAAAUGGCACACUGUCAUCAGUGGAAGAAUGGCAGUUGUUAGGGCAUGAGGGCUGGGCAUACCCGGCGUAUUUUAAGCAUAUUGUCACGCCUUCCAGCUCCACUCCGGUCUUCUCGGAGUUCCCUUUUGAGACGUUGAAUUAUAUGCAAGGAACACAAACAGAUAUGUCUCUAGAUUCGUUCAAUUUCCUCGACUUUACAUUCGAAACCAAUUCGGAUAUGACUAAAGACCUUCAACCCCAAAGCUACCAAGGCAUGGAAUCCAUGGACCCAUUUGGGCCCGGAUCGGCAGUUUCGCAGCAAGUGGAAAAGGAUAGACACCCUUGGCGGUGGGUCCCAAACUCUGAUCAACACACAUUCACGAAUCGAAGUCAGAUUGCUAUUGAUAAGAACAUUGUUGACCAAGCUGCUUCAUCCCCAAAUACUGCGAAUUUACCUAGGAUAAUAGUUAAUGACGUUAUAACUCCUGGUGUUCGGGAUGAUUUGCUUCAGUUCAUUUCUCGUAUAACCAAAUCGGAAGUCUCGAUACUAGCUUUUCCGGACCCGAAUUUCCUCGAUGCCCUCAUCAAGAUUGGGUUUACCAAAAGAGGCAACAGAGACAAUUGGAUACACCCAGGGACCAUUUGCUACCGCAAUAUGCGUCCAGAGCUGCUCACAGCUCUGACUGUUGCCGGUUGCGUAUGUUUUGGCAUUCCAGCCAUCUGCAAAGCUGGACUCAUACUUCAGGAAGUCGCUCGUCUUUCACUGGACCGGCUGUUUGAAACUGAGAAUCACGUUGUGCGGGAUCUUCAGUAUCUGCAAGCCUAUAUGUUAUGGGUUGACAUUGGUAUGACUUGUGGUUAUCCACGAAAGAUGGAAAUCGCCGAGAGUCGUUUCCCGCAGCUUUGCACUGCUCUGAGACGGGCAGGGGCAUUCGAUACGUCAAUGUACAACACAAUAACGCCCACUCCCCAAGACGACGAAGAAACCUUGGAAAACAAAUGGAAAGAAUGGGCUAGGCAAGAAUCAUUCAAAAGACUAGCAUAUUCUGCUCUCGAGCAUGAUAUGCAAGUUGCUAUGGUAUUCAACCGCAACCCGACCACGUCGUUCUCAGAAUUUACCGCGCCAUUACCAUCGGCUUCCGAGGAGUGGUUUGCAUCUUCGGCAGAUGAUUGGAGAAAGGCAUACCUAAACAAUAGCCAUGAUAACGAAGAUGAAUCUUCACUCAAGCAACUCCUCGCUAGGCUUAGUAUGCUGAACAACCUAUCCAGUGGAUUGGAUCAUUCUAAGGCGAAAUCUGUGAUUCUUCACGGCUUAGCUGGACAGGUUUUCGAAUACCAAAAACAAGUCAGCCUUUUCUGUGGUCGUCACAGUCAUCGCAGCGCUAAUCUCCAACUUGCCAUCCGUGCUCAACAACAGGACUUAUAUCAGUCCCUACUAACCCUUCAGGAUACGCCGGAGACGUGUCCGGAAAGAACUCUUAUGAAGGAAUUUUUGGCGUUAUCGUUACAUGUCAAAAUUGAGGACAUAGAGCGUUUUGCAGGGAAGCAUGGAGCUGUCGAGGCUCGCCGAAUAUACUCAUUACUUGAGGCCUGGUUUGAAGAUACACAGUCACGCCAUGCUGUUUGGCAUGCAGGUCAAGUUCUUCGAGCUAGUCGCUACGUCCAGCAACUGCAAUUCCGAGGCUACGAGGCCAUCAUGAUCUACCAUGCGACUCUUGUGCUAUGGGUAUAUGGAAUCCUACAUUGUGCCCAUAUCAAACACACAAUUACCAGUGUCUCAAUUCAUCGCGAUCGGUCUCGCAGCUCCCAGCAUCAAACCCCACCACAAGGGAACAGCUUCCCGCAAGCCGUAAUAUACCUGGAUGGACCAAGUACCGAAGAAACGGCUCGGUUCCUUGAGUCCGGAUAUGGAUGCCCAGGUUUGAAGUUCUGGGAUUCCGACUCACCGAUUAUUGAAGGAGACGAGGAGCAUGUGGCUUUCAGUGAUCUUCGAAUCUCCCAUAUGGUCAUGUCCGUGGGCCGUUUCGCUCUAGAGAGCAACUACCCCGUUACGAUCGAUAACCAGCGAGUUUUACCACCGCUCGUACAUCGUCUUUGUGAUAUCAUGAAUGACUUGGGUGCGUUGUCCACUAUCAAUAUUUAA